AUGCCAACUACCCAACGAGCACUUUCCCCAUCGGAGGGCAAUGACGCGUUGGGUGGCAUACCUGAGAUCCUCUAUUUCGACUUUCAAUCACGUGGGCGUGGGCAAGCUGUUCGCUUGCUGCUAGAAGAUGCCCAGAUUGCCUAUGACGAUACGCGCUACAGUUUUCCAGAGUACCCUGAAUGGAAGGAGACGGGGCUCGCCAAGCUCAACCCGGUGAAGACGAUUCCCGUGGUCAAGUUGAACGGGAAGAUCUUGACACAGUCAUAUGCCAUCCUCAGGCAUUUUGCGCGAGUACUGGGGAAAUACGGAGGGCAAAGUGAAGACGAGGAAUACUGGAUUGAUGCAAUCACUGAUGUUGUUUCGGACUGGCGGACGCUUUUCCUCGCCGCUUUCCUCAAUCCGAACCAGCAAGAAACAUAUCCAAAGCACCAAGAAGGCGACCGUAAACGUUUCCUAGAGGGCAUUCAGUCGCAUUUGGCAACUCACGACUCGAAAAGCGGGUCUUUUAUCCUGGGCCAGAACUUUACCUAUGCCGAUAUCGUCCUCUACCAGAUCUUACACGACGAGAAUCUGACACAAGAAGGAGGGAAGGGUCUUCAGGAGUAUCCAAGACUCAAGGCUCUCGUCAAUGCGACAGAGGAGCGCCCCAAUAUCAAGGCUUUCUUGGCUAGUGACCGUUACCGAGGAUAA